CGUUAUUACGGGUCGGGGUGGGUAAACCCACGCGGGUACGGGGCGGGGUGGGUCGAUCCACUCUUAAAUGUUGUUAAAAAAAAAUACAAGUAAAUUUUACUUUUUUACAAUGAAACGUAGGGAAAAACACUUUAAGAAUGAAAAAUAUUGAUAAUAGAAUGGAUAAUUGAGCCUAACAAGUUGAAAGAUCGACUCUAACUAGUUGAAAAAAGUCAAAAUAGGAAAAAUAUGUAUAGAUAUUGUAAGAAAUUGACAUAAAAUGAGUCUAGGACAGGACGGGGCAGGGCAGGGCGGGUCGGAAAUAGAUACCCAUGCCCGCCCCAUCGCGGGUCAGGUCGAGUAAUACCCGCGGACUGGUUGAAAUUGCCAAUGGGUCGGUGGCGAGCAUUGAGGAGAAGUUCGUCAAUUGUGUCAAGCUUCAAAGAAUGAAAAGGACAAAGAGAGGGUGGUUGAAUAUUACGAUAUUUGUUUAUGGAAUACGUACAGUUAUUAUUGCAGUUACUGCUGCAAGGGGACCAUGCAUGCAACGUACAAUUAUUUUUGGACACGUUCAGUUACUAUUUCAAGGGGACCAUGGAUGCAACGUGGAGGGGAAUUCACUCGACGAUCCAAAUGAGACGAAAACGGUCCAUCCCCGCCGGCGGGACCACUUUCACGGCGUUCAAAACGUGGGGGAUUCGCCGGACCGCAGAUUUGCUUGUUUUGUCCUCGCUCUCGCUGCCGACGAUGUCUAUUAGGUCAUUCUCUCUUUUUUUUUCUUCUUCCCUUCCCCUUUCUAUUUAAAAGCUAACAAGAUCGAACAUAAAUCCACCAAUUUCUGUUUCAAUAAACAGAGAGAAAUAUCAUCCAGUUAUCACAAACAAGUAUCGAUUAAUGUCGCGUUGAUCACGUAAGAUUUAUCGAACCGUUCAUGUCAUCUCAUCAAACAUCAUCAUCAUGGCACACGAGCUUUUGCUGGCGUUUCCUGUAAGGAACCUGGAUAAUUGCGUAGAAAUUGAGAGGUUAAUGAAUUUUUCAAGGGGUUGCAUAUAUAGAGCUUAAUGAUUUCUUUGAUAUUGUCUAUAAAAAAAAUUCGGGAGCAAAUUGUGUUAGAAACCGAACAGAAAAUAGGGUUACCGAUCUGGCUGAGUCGCGGACUAGGUCGCUCUCUUUAAGACGUUCGCGGCGCUGCCUCAUAAUUCGCACAGCAGACUAACAGCCGGUCGCCUCCAGGAUAAAACAACCACUCUUAUUUAUUGCUCAUCGGUUUUGUGCGGAAAACCGGAGCUCUAUGAAUUCACUCUCUAUCGUGUUUCUGCUCUUCUGAGGUGUGUUUAGAGGGUCUGGGGCGUCUCCUAUUUAUAGGAGCAGAAAACCCAGAAUAUUCCCUCUUUCUUUGGGAAUAAGUCAUAUUUUAAUUAGGGAGAUAAUUACUCCCAUAAUUAAAAUAUAAUCUAUUAAGAUAAUUAUUCCUAAUUAUCUCCAUAAUAUUCCUUUUAUUAAUUAUCCAUCUUAUUUAUGUAUUAUGGGAAAAUACUGGAUAAUUAAUUAGGAAUUUCAUUUAUAGCUUUUCAAAGCUAUUCAUCCCAACAAUCCCCCACUUGAAUAGUUUGAAACUAUCUCUGAGCAUCAACAGUUCCAUAACAUCGGGCAUAAGCUAAGGUAUCGCGAAGAUUUGAACCUUAGCGUAGUGGUUACACUUCCGAUUUCAUAAGGGUGACUCGUAGUCUUGAACCCUAUCUCAGACAAUGUAGCACACCGGAUCUUUUCAUUGAGUGAUAUUCUCUCAUAGGCCGUGCGUUAAUGGCCAUGCACGUUAUCCCGGUUUAGUGAACGCUCUAGCAACUUUGUGCCUCCAAAGUUCCAUAGGGAGCGGCCCCACUCCCACAUUCACAUGGGUGAGUCUAUCAGAAGUACCCCCAAAGUAAAGUACUUCACUCCACAUAGAGUAUAGAUCUCAUUAAGAGUUGUACUCAACCUCCAAGGCUUUGGGAUUCAUGCUUCACUAUGCAUGAACUUUUCUCAAUAUUACUCAUGACUUGUUAUUACCCAUUGAACCCGUUUCUUGGGAUCUCCAGUCUAUCGGGUCGGGUUACCAUCACUUGUAAUCCGUGGUUCGGUAGGCAUAAGUCUCAUACCCUUUGUGGUAUUUUGGACUUUCUCUCUAGGUAAUCCUUUCGUCAAAGGAUCAGCUAGAUUCUGUUCGGAUCUUAUAUGAUCCACCCUCACUACUCCUAUCGUUAGGAGUUCUCUUACAGUACUGUGCUUACGACGAAUUUGUCGUCUCUUUUCAUUCUAGAACCAGUUCCCUUCUUUAGUAAUAGCUGCGGUGCUAUCACAAUGAAUCAACUACCGGAGGGAUCGGUCUUUCCCAUAAGGGAAUCUCUAGUAGUGACCCUCUCAAUCAACUUUCCUCUUUACUAGCCAUUGCUAGUUCUAUCAUUUCUGAUUUCUUAGUUGAUUGAGCCAGGAUCGUUUACUUCUUAGACUUCCAAGACAUAGCUUCUCUAUCGAUGUUUAAAACACAGCCUCUUGUUGUCUUGAAGUCCUCUAUAGGGUAUUCUAAUCCGCAUCACUAUACCCUACCAAUACAGCAAAACCAUUGAUAACAAAUACCAAGGUUUUUCUGUUCUUUUAAGGUGUCUCAUGACCCCUUUCAAUAGCAUUUCAAUGCUUCAUACUAGGACAAUCAGUAAGCCUGCCAAGUACCCCCACUAUGUCGGGUCUCAUGUUUAUCAGCUGCCUCUCGCAUACUGUCGAUGCUAGUAUGUUCUUACUUUCUUACACUGUCUUUGGUGCUCUUAAAAAUUACACUAGCAUCAUCAAACAUUUAUGCAGGUGUAGAACUCGUAUUUCCUCUAGAUCUAACUGUGUAGUUAAACUGACCUAGAUGAAAUCUCUUUCAUUGUCCUAGUAAUCUGGAUCUCCGAGCAUAACACUUGCUUCAUCCAGAUCUUUUUACCUUCAUAAUUCUCAAACAACAUGGUUUUUCAUAAUAUUGACAUCACGAGUCUUUGUACCAAAGACCGAAGUGUCAUUCAUAAUGCAAGUGUCAUUCUCAAAGUUGUACUAAAUGCACUUGUCACUUUCACUUUUAAAACCAUGAGAGAGAACCAGUUUAUUCAUGCCAUUGUCUUAGAGUCUAUUUCAAAUCUUACAAUGAUUUGGCUAACUAUAGACUCCCUAAGCAUGUUCAAGAAUAACAACCCUAUAGGUUGUCCCAUGUAGAUUAUCCUAUCUAAAUCACCAUUCACAUAAACAUGUUUAACAAUCCAUCUGACGCACAACACUAGCAAUCAGAACAUACAUGGAUGUUAUUCUACAUAUGGUGAAUAGAUAACAAAAAAUUUACAAUUUUUACUUUUCACUUAAAGCCUUAGCUAUUAGCCGAUCCUUAUACUCAUAAACUAAACCAAUAGGUUUCACUUUUCUUUUAAGAAUCCAUCUAUUACCCAUGACUUCAUUGCCAAGAGGUAAUUCUCAAAAAUGCCAAAUCUUGUUCGAUUCUAUCGAUAUAUUACCCAAGGCUUUUCAACCAAGAGAUAACUCUACAAGAUUUUAAGUCUUAUUAGACUAAUAAUUCCAUUUCGUUAAUAAUGGAUUCUCCCACAAUUCUGCAUCUUUAUGGAAGUUCGAACUUCUGGCAGACUUGUAGGAUCUUUCUUUCUUAGGGUGUAAAUAACAAAUUCAUAACCAAAAACCUUAAGAGAUUUCAGGUUCAUUUGCUUCUUCUGAGUUUAAACUCAGAUUUAUUACCCCCACUAGUUCCAUUAUUUCUAAUAGUAGGCAGGACACUACCCCCACUAUUUCUUGAUUUAAAAUGGAAGUUUCUUGGCAUUAAUGGAUUUCACAACAACAUGAGUAUUUCGUUUCAUAGGAACUAUGUGUUUUUAUUGUUAACAACAUAAAACACACUCAUAUGCUCUUCUAGUUAUCAUGUUACACUGAUUUUCUAACGCUACCACAUACAUGCCACAUAUCGAAUAAUCAGUGCAAUCAUAAAGCAAUUAGGCAUUUCAAACCAUUUCAAAUAACUAGUCACUCUAAAGAGCAAUAAAUUGUUUAUUGUCUUUUCCAUCAAGUUUACCCACAUAAAUCAGAUCUAUUUAU